AUGUUCAUUAAAACAACAGAUGUCAUAGCGAUUGUGGCGACAGUGGCUCAAAUACUCGCCUCCUCAGCUUCAGGGGCCUCAUUUCUUCCUCAUGGAUUUGAUGUCGGCGAUCAGCUGUCCCGAGACGGCAACGUCAACCUGACUACGUCCAGAAAGUUUUUGUUUUUCGAUCAGAUUUCCAGCUUUGUGAUCGUGAGGAAUGAGAAUUUGAUGUACUUCAAAAGGGGAAGUGAGAACAAUUACUCCGUCAGUUUCAAUGGAACAGGUCCGACGGGUCAGCGAUACACGUUCUUCAGGGAGUCAACUGAACCAGGUGUCCUGGCGAAUAUUGACAAAAUUUUGUGCGAGGCCUCUGAAGUUUGUGGCACUUUCAAAAGUAGUUGGAUGUUCUUGAUCACCGUAGUUUCUCAAAACACUGGUCAGGAUUCUUGCAACAGAGAUGGUCUCUGUCCUGCAAGGAUUCUCUAUCAGAUAGCCUACACGACAAACGGGGCAGCCUCCUACAUGCUUUUUAUACAAGAUAAAGACGCAUACACUCUGAGCAAUGUUGGCAUAAUUCAUGGAAAUGUGAUGAACAGCAAAAAUGUUAUAACGAACUUUACUACCGACAUCAUCGUCUUCAAAGUGAAUGAAAAAUGUUCGGUCAGUUUGAACCUGGUGAACAAUGUUUUGACCGUUCGUCCAGAAUCUGUCUUGUACUUUGGUCAGCAGGAAGUUAUAUUUGAAGGGCUCUGUUUCGAUGAGGGGACGGAUGAAACUGAUGUCCUCAUGAACAACACAGCUGUCCAGUGCUCCGUGGAAUCAAACUUCAUCAUCAUCUGUCGAACGCCGUAUUUUGACGAAAUAGGCAAGUUGGACGUGGAGGUGAAGUACAAAUAUUUUCAGUAUUCUGCGGUGCUAAACGUUAGAGACGUUAGAAACGAAUCGCAACAUUACAUAUUUGUCGAUGACAUGAAUAACCUGGUUGGCAGCGUGAAACUACCCCUUACGCAAGAAAAUGUGAUCAACCAUUUGAGUGAAGUUUUGGUGCGAGGUGUUCAGCAGAACAUCUACCACAACACGAUGGACGAUUCCUACCGAUUGGACAGUAACGAUGUUUACAUUCGUUUGCCUGUCACCUUAAGUGCUUCCAACUACUUCCCGAUGCGGUUCCUUCCAAGCUCCGAGCCUAUUCCUGAUGCUGUCAGGAUUCUACUGAGUUACAACGAGAAGACCUUCGAGGUGUUCCUGAGCAAGAAACAUGUAAAAGGCCAAACGAUGUGCAGUUAUUGGAAAUCCACCUCAAACUACCAACAACUGAGCAACUACAACAGUUUCAACAGUUAUAACGACUUCUACGGAUCGUGUCCAAAAUCCAUCAACCAGACAACUUCCGUCACAAUCUUGCUACCGGAUCAGGAUUGCAAUCCUUACAAGCGUUACAUGUGCAACUUGCUGAAACCAAACAUUUCGGAAUGCUUCCAAUCCAGUUCAAAUCCCUACUAUAAUAACUUCGGCUAUCCGUACUACCAGACGAAAUAUUCGAAAUGCUGCUACGGAUACAAUGGUCAGUUGAACCAGGAUGAAAGUUAUUUGUCUUAUGCUGACACUGAGAAGAAGUUCGACCACUUUUGGAAUAAGAUACGUCCAUUCCUCUACUGCUGCAAAUUCUCCGAUGACUGCGCUGAUGUUAAAAAGAAACUGGGAAUUUAAGUUGCUUUUUAGCGUUUCCGAAUGUUUUAUGAUUCGCUAUUGCUAUUUUAGUUUCUCAUUCGAUGGUACAUUUUAAAUCUCAUCAAACAUUAUUAAUCGACCAUAAAAAAAAUUUAAUUUAUUUCAUUUUUUAGACGUAGUUUUAUUCCUUUAGAUUUAAAUAAAUCCAGCUUCGUU